AUGAGAAGAUGGAACGGUCGUGGAGCGCUGGCGAUUGCGGGCCGCUCUGGCAGAACACGGAAAAGCUUCGCCUCGUUCCGCCAAACACGACUUGCUUCAUCCAACGCCAAGUCACCCAAGGCUUACAUCUCCAUUGAUGAGAGGGAUGGCCCGGACUUCCAGCAACAUCAACAUCGAUAUCAACAUCAACAUCAAUAUGCCGUCUUCCAAAAGACACCAAUCCCGGAGCGCAAACCCAUAGAGGUAUGGGCAGCUUUGCUCGAGGGGGCCCUUCCGCCUCAUCUCCGGGACCAGAAUGUCUCGCCGCCACUCUUGACAAUCUCAGCCACGGACCUUGCAGAGAUUCUUCUGGCUGCUCAGUAUACCAAGACGAGUGAUAGAUGUGGUCACGACUUGCUUUAUUAUCUCGGCUUCACGCAAGGUAGAUGGAGUGCUGUAGUCUGGCUGAUCAAGAAACUCGUGGACCGCUUUCCCAUCCCACCUCAUGCAGACGUAGACACCUUGAACUAUCUGGCUUUGUGGGAACAGGCUCCUCCUUUCCGAACUCCUCUUUCCACGAAAUCCCUAAUCAAAGAUGACGGACCCCCCCGUGAUCUCACCGCAAAUGCUGAACACGUUGCAAGUAACGUCGAAGAGCGACCGCUUAAUCUCCGAAUGGACACUGUGCUCAAUGGUUCGCAUCUGAUCAAAGCGAGAUCUCUUGACGAGAUGACUGGCCCACGUAGAGAUGAUCUUGCCCACGAUGCUCUUGGUCAGAUAUGGCGCACCCUUGGGGCAAUGACUCAGGUCUGUGCUGGAGGGGAUAUUCGACCAGAGGUUUUGGAGAUCAUUGCCUAUCUGCACCACCGCGAGAUCAUGCCAACGUCCAUCUAUCAAUAUCAGCCAAGGAUGGACAAGUCUGCGAUACAGCAACCACCGCUUCUCCCUCUGCUUUCCUCACGCAUUCUUGCGUCUCUGUCAGAUGCCGCUUGGCGGGCCCACGAGAAGCUGAUGGUGGAAGAAGCGAGAGCGCGACAGGGCGAUGGUGCUUUAAACAGGUCCAAUGUCCUUGCUGCGCCGUACCGUGCGCGCGUUGACGGUUUGUUUCCAGAGGUCUGGCUCGAGCUCAUUCUGUGGUCUUGUCUGCAUGGUGGAUGGCUUGAGCAAGGCGGCUUCAUUUUAAAGUCUGUCGUUCAGCAAAAAGACUGGAAACCGUUGUCCUGGCGGGAAUACGAAAAGGCUCUGUCGCCAACUGGACGAUUGGACAACAAUGAUUGGGACGCGUGGGACUAUCUGUUCAAGACGAGAGGCGCGAAAAGCAUGGAUCCGCCGAGCGAUCCCAUCCCGGAGGUCCGAAGAACGAUCAGUGCCGAGGUAGUCAACGCAUACAUUGAUGCGAUUGCAGGCAUGCCGAGUGUUAAACUGGUGCCAGGAGGAUUUUAUCCCGUGUUGAGGCUCCUGGAGUUUAAAGAAUUUCUUGCAAAGCAGAAUUUGGGACUCACAACUGGCUCAUGGGAUGCCUUGGCUAUUCGCGUGAUGGACAGUCAAGCCGAAUCGCGCGUGAAGGAUACUGGACUGCUUGCGAAGAUCGUUGAGCUCUCACCCGGUCUAGAUCAAGGGCUCAGCUCGAAGAAUAUGCAAGACUUGCCCGCAUAUGUGCUAGACGGAGGACUGGCGAUGCAGGGAAUUCUCAAUCGGGUUCUGCACGGAAGACUUCUGAAUGGUAAUCUGGAGGCAGCUCUGAGAGCUUUUCAAGACAUGCUCGCCAGGACUGACCGGGACAAGCAAACAUCCUUGGCGAGUUUCAUGGAGGGUUCCAACCCACUCCUCCGCGCCCUUCACCAAGAUGAGAUGUUCACCAGUAACGUGACGGGAAUCGACUAUCCGGCGUUUAAUCUGCAAAUACCGACGACCACCCUGGCCAUGUUACUUGAUCUCGUCACGCAAUCCAAAAAGUAUCAAUUUGGACGCUGGUUGCUGUACAGCAAAGAUGCCGACGGGCCCGUCAUCGGGAAAGAUUUGUACAACGACCCCUUUCUCAUCCCGGCAUUGGUCAGGUUCGCCGCAGCUACGCAGGACUCGAGUCUCUUCUCCACCCUACGAGAGUUGCCCAACUUUUCCAUCUACCUGGUACUCGAUGCUCAGAUUGAUGCCAUGCGGUGGGAUGCUGCCACGGGGAUUGUCGAACACACCUUUGAGGACACAACAUUCGGCAAGAGGGUGUUGAGGUGGACCUGGAAAAUGGAUAAUCUUGCGAAUCUGGCUCGUGUGAUGCUAUCCCAAGUCCCCGACGCAGCAGCCGGCGAAGCUGCAUCUCGAGAGAGUCUGCAGAGCGCCAUGAAGCUGUUUACAACAAUGGUCAACAAGGUGUCGAGAGGAAGCUUCUUGGCUGUUGGUGCUAGUGUUCAGACUCUGUUGACUGCACUCGCCUCGGUGGACGAGACUUGGGCAAAGUUCUGUUUUGAUCUGCAGAGGCUAAAGGGUCAUCACGAUUUCGAAAUGACAUCGCUACAGUUCAACCAUCUGCUUGGAGGUGUUGUCACGGCGUACGGCAGCAGCGCAGGGAUACGUUUGUUGGAUUUAUUCUGGCCUCGAUCAGUACGUCGCUCACACCGAGCAUCCUCAUCGCCUGCUCCAUACAGACGGGAUGCGUCUGUCCGGCCGAGGAUUGUGGUCCCGCUGCCUGGCAUGUCUCAUGAGCAUAAAGCGGUCGUAUACGGCGGUGUGAAGCCCAAUGUCCAGACUAUAACCAUUAUCCUGCAAAAGGCGCUGGAGGAACUUGGAAAUCCAACAAAUGACGUAGCAAAGACUUCUCCAACUGGGACAGGAACCCAAGCCGACAAAAUCGAAGCUGAGACUGGCGAUGGAAAAGGUGAGAUGACGCCACGUGGUAUGGUCGCAUGGGCCGCUAGACAAAUGGCCGAUCUCUCCGAUGUCACUGGUCGCAGUGAUGUGGUCUUCAACCUUGGUAGAUUCCUGGACUCGCUUGGGAUGGAAGAACUUCGCGGAGCCCUCCCGGAUAUUGUGGAGAGCGUAGGGAUGCAUUUGUCUCGUGACUCUGUUGAAGAUGAUGGAUCUCAUGAUGUGGCGUCUGAGGCGGAGGAAAGGAUUGAUGGUGUUGAGGCGGCGGCAAAGUGA